AUGGCACUGGGGGCCAAGGGCAGGGUCAAGGCUGCCAGGAGAAGGGUGGGCAGCAGGCAGCUGGGGUGCCCCCGCGUUGGGUCUGGCAGCCUGGAAGCCCCCCAGAAUGGAAGCGGUGCCCUGGUCCUUACCCGGUCCCAGCGGGAGCAGCUUGCGGCAGGAGGCGUGCCGGGGCGGGGACCGGGGCCGGGGCCGGGGCCGGGGCCGGGGCCAGGACCUGCAGAGGGUGGAGGAGCGGGACCGGGGGAGGAGGCGGCGGGCGCGGGGCCGGGGCCGGCCCGCCUGGCCCGGCUGCCGCUGGCGCGGGUGAAGGCGCUGGUGAAGGCGGACCCGGAUGUCAGCCUGGCCAGCCAGGAGGCCGUGUUCGUGCUGGCGCGGGCCACGGAGUUGUUUGUUGAAACUAUAGCCAAAGAUGCUUAUGUGUAUGCUCAGCAAGGAAAAAGGAAAACCCUGCAGAGAAAAGACCUGGAUAAUGCCAUUGAAGCUAUUGAUGAAUUUGCUUUCUUGGAGGGUACUUUGGACUGAGCUGGACAGAGGUGGAGCUCUCUGGAGAAAGAG